UUUCCAAACGUAUUACGCUGUCUAGAUAGCGCUGUUGUAAGCAAACAAAGUUGUCAAAUGUAAAUUGAUAUAUUUGAGAGAAAAUUUUAUAAAGAAAACAUGUCGUUAGCUGAUGAACUGUUGGCUGAUCUUGAAGAAAAUGACGAUAACGAUCAGGAUAUGGAAGAACCGGAGCCGGAUUUUAUUCCGGCCUCGGUUUCGAAAAGCAUCGAAGAAGAAAUAAAAGUAGCGUCAGUAAGAGAAUUGGCGAAGCUGCGUGAUUCUGAACAGUUACGAAAAGUAAUGUCUCAAAUAGAAAAGUACAGUAAGGUACCAAGGAAAUCAGCAGAUAUUAUCGGACCUGUUGAGUCUGAUCCAGAAUAUCAACUUAUUGUUGAAGCUAAUAAUAUGGCUGUAGAUAUUGAUGAUGAAAUAGCUACGAUACAUCGAUUUACAAGAGACAAAUAUUCCAAAAGGUUUCCAGAAUUAGAAUCUUUAGUUGUAGGUCCAUUGGAAUAUGUAAUGACAGUAAGAGAAUUAGGAAAUGACUUAGAUAGAGCUAAGAAUAAUGAAACAUUACAACAAUUUCUUACUCAAGCAACAAUUAUGGUAGUUUCUGUUACUGCUUCAACAACACAAGGUCAAUUAUUAACAGAAGAAGAAAAGGAAGCUAUUUGUGAGGCUUGUGACAUGGCAGUAGAAUUGAAUAAUUGUAAAUUAAAAAUAUUUGAGUAUGUUGAAAGUAGAAUGGCAUUUAUUGCACCAAAUCUUUCUAUAAUAGUAGGUGCAUCAACAGCAGCAAAAAUUAUGGGAGUUGCUGGAGGUUUGACAAAACUUUCUAAAAUGCCAGCUUGCAAUGUAUUAGUGCUAGGAUCUCAAAAAACAACCUUAUCUGGAUUUUCACAAGUAGCAACUUUACCUCAUACUGGUUUCAUAUAUUAUUCUGAUAUUGUACAAGAUACUCCUCCAGAUUUACGAAGGAAAGCAGCGAGACUCGUAGCAGCUAAAAGUAUGCUAGCUGCACGUGUUGACGCAUGUCAUGAAAGUACAGAUGGUCAUAUCGGUCAAUUAUUCCGCGAAGAAAUUGAAAAGAAGUUGGAUAAACUUCAGGAACCACCUCCGGUAAAAUUCGUGAAACCUUUACCAAAACCUAUUGAUCCAGGAAGGAAGAAGCGCGGUGGUAAACGCGUCAGAAAAAUGAAGGAACGCUAUGCUAUUACGGAAUUCAGAAAACAUGCGAAUAGAAUGAAUUUCGCUGAUAUCGAAAAUGACGCCUAUCAAGAAGACCUUGGUUAUUCACGCGGUACAAUAGGCAAAGCAGGAGCUGGUCGUAUUAGACUACCUCAGAUCGACGAGAAAACAAAAGUACGAAUAUCGAAAACCCUUCAAAAAAAUUUACAAAAACAACAGCAAUGGGGUGGUAGUACAACAGUUAAGAAGCAAGUUUCUGGUACGGCAUCCAGCGUCGCGUUUACACCAUUGCAGGGUUUGGAAAUUGUAAAUCCGCAAGCCGCAGAAAAGAAAGUAAAUGAGGCUAACGCUAAAUAUUUCUCGAACACAGCUGGCUUUUUAAAAGUGAAGAAAUCGUAAAUAAAUUAUACAUACAAUUAAUGAAACUUGAUAUUCUAGAUUUUUUUCAUAGCUUACACCUGCUGCAUUUAUAUGCGCGGACAUUGUAAUAUCUAUAUAAUAACAAAGAUGGACAUGUAUACAUAUUAGUAUACAUGAACUAUAA